AUGGCGUCAGAAGGGACGACGUGCAACGGUGAAACGCGUGAUGGCGCAUCUCGUGAGGCCGUGGCGGCACUCUCCAAACAACUUGGUAUUGAAAGAGGUGUGGUCGAGCGAAUCUUCCACGCAGGCAUGUGUCAUGCCGAAACUGCACUGAAGCGGCGGCGAAUUGGUGGAAGCACAAACGCCGCAACCGAUGGGGCGACGACUUCCACCGAGUCUGCAAGCAAGGAGGCAGCCGCGCGGACCAUCUUCAGUGAAGACAUCUCUUUGGAGCAGCUCCGACGGGAACUGGCUGAUUUUGCUCGUGAGCGAGAUUGGGAUCAGUUCCAUUCACCGAGAAAUCUAGCGCUUGCUCUGGUGGGGGAGGUGGGUGAGUUGUGCGAGUGCUUCCAGUGGAAGGGCGAGGUCGCAGAAGGCCUUCCCGGCUGGAGUGAGAAACACCGCACUGCAGUCCGGCAGGAAAUUGCCGACGUUUUCCUGUACUUGAUCCGGCUCAGUCACAAGUGUCAUGUCGAUCUUCCCGCUGCGGCGUUGGACAAGCUGGCGGUUAACGAUGCUUGCCGGCAUUGA